CCCCGGGGCGUCAAUCAGACACCGGAAUCCCCGUGGGUCCGACGGCGACGCGCACCGCCAUGUGUCACCUCGCUGGCGCAUGCAUCACACAAGUGUGAGGGCGUGGGUGGCCGCCACACGCUCGUCGCGUGCUCGCCUCCCUCCCCUCUCGUCUCCUCCCCCAGUUAGGCGGCCCCCCCUCCCGCUCGCCUCCACCCUCCUCAGGACGGCCGGCCGCACCGGAUCAAGAUCCACCGAAACUGAGGAACCAAAACCUUGGGAUGGUGGCUGAUACGGACAGCUCAGGUUCACUGCCUGGCAGCUCAAAUUCUGCUGCCGAAAAGCGUGUCGAUGGGUCUCCUAACCAAAGAUCCCAGGAAAAAACUCCAAAGAAAAAUCAUAAAGCUGAACGAGAGAAACUUAAGCGUGACCAGUUGAAUGACCUUUUUGUUGAGCUCAGCAGUAUGCUAGAUCAUGAUCGACAAAAUAGUGGAAAAGCUACAGUUUUGGGUGAUGCUGCACGGGUACUGCGAGAUUUGUUUACUCAAGUUGAAUCUCUUAGAAAGGAACAGUCUGCUCUUCUAACUGAGCGCCAAUAUGUCGGUUCAGAGAAGAACGAGCUGCAAGACGAGAAUGCUACACUGAAAGCCCAGAUAAUAGAACUACAGAAUGAGCUUUGUGCAAGGAUGAGAAACAACAGCCUCAAUCCAAGCAGCCUUGGGAUGUCACAUCCAAUUGGGAGCAGCAGCGCUCAUUUAGCAACUCAACCGACGCGAAAUCAUAUAUGGGGCAAUGAUUCUAAUUUAAGCACCCUGCCCUUGGCACACCCAAUGAACGCACCAUCUCCACUGCAGAAUCAGCGACAUCAGUCUGUUGGUUCUGGUCAGGUAGCAUCACACCCUCGGGAGCUCCAGCUCUUCCCAGGGACAUCAGCAUCACCGGAUCGAGAAUCUUCCCGACAUAGAAGCAACCCAGCUACUUCCUUGGGACAUGCUGUUUCCUUGCCUGGACAGCUACGCCUCAGCCUUCCAAGAGCAUCACAAGAAGAAAGCAGAACCAGUGGUUCACCGAGAAAUAGAAAAUAGUGAAAAAAAGGGUUAGCCAACUGACAGUGUUAAAGAUCAGUACUUGGGGAACAGCUCCCCUGUAAAUACCAAGAAGCCACUCACCUUACUAGUUCAAACCUACUAGUUUAGUUUCAACGUCAAAAAAAAACCCAACUAGUUUCGCUAUAUUUGAAGCUUUUAUUCGAAUAAUGUACAAUUAUGUUUGCAUAUAAUUUUGGUGCAGGCUAGUCAAAUUUGUAA